CUUUUAAUUCAUUAAAGUAUAUAUACAUAAAACUCCUUUUUCUGGUGGGCCAAACCAUUUGGAAACUGCCUGUCGUUUCAUAAAAAACCGAGGCGCAAAACAAAUGCUGCCGCAAGAGCUCUCGAAUCCUUGCCCUUAUUUUACGUCUUCUUCCUCAAGGAAUACUAGUUGUCUUCUUAAAAAUCAAACCUUUCCCUUGCCAAUCACAUAACCCAUCUCUUUUCUUUCGCUUUCUAAGUCUCUAACUCCCUUCUUAUAUCUCUCACGUACACAGCUCUCUCCAUCUUCCGCGAUAACAAUCCGGGUCUUAUUGUUUUCCUUCUUUUUUGUACCCUUUUGCCAAUAUAUAUAUAUAGAGAGCCAUUUUUUAGUGAUAUCAGAAAUGAACAACGGCGAAGCAGAGGCUGUUAUAAUGGAGGAGAAGCCCAAGACGAAGAUUGUUUGCACCCUUGGACCCGCAUCCAGAUCUGUGCCUAUGAUCGAAAAGCUGUUGAAGGCUGGCAUGAACGUCGCUCGCUUUAACUUCUCUCAUGGAUCUCAUGAGUACCACCAGGAAACCCUUGACAAUCUCAGGGCCGCCAUGGUUAACACUGGGAUUCUCUGUGCUGUCAUGCUUGACACCAAGGGACCAGAGAUUCGAACUGGGUUCUUGAAGGAUGGCAAGCCCAUCCAGCUUAAACAGGGUCAAGAUAUCAGCAUAUCUACUGACUAUAGUAUAAAAGGUGAUGAAAAUAUGAUUUGCAUGAGCUACAAAAAGUUGGCUGUGGAUGUCAAGCCUGGGAUGGUUAUACUUUGCGCAGACGGCACAAUCUCAUUUACAGUUCUAUCAUGUGACAUUAAAGCGGGUUUGGUUCGAUGUCGGUGUGAGAACUCUGCAGUUCUUGGUGAGAGGAAAAAUGUUAAUCUUCCUGGAGUGAUAGUGGAUCUUCCAACUUUGACAGAGAAAGACAAGGAAGAUAUUUUGAAGUGGGGAGUUCCCAAUCAAAUUGACAUGAUUGCUCUAUCUUUUGUACGAAAAGGAUCAGAUCUCGUUGAAGUACGGAAGUUGCUCGGGAAAAAUGCUAAGAAUAUCCUUCUCAUGUCAAAGGUUGAAAACCAAGAAGGGGUUGCUAAUUUUGAUGAUAUCUUAGCAAAUUCAGAUGCAUUUAUGGUUGCACGUGGUGACCUUGGAAUGGAAAUUCCAAUUGAAAAGAUUUUUCUAGCACAGAAAGUGAUGAUCUACAAGUGCAAUAUUCAAGGAAAACCCGUUGUUACUGCAACCCAGAUGUUGGAGUCCAUGAUCAAGUCACCCCGACCAACUAGAGCUGAAGCCACUGAUGUUGCCAAUGCAGUUCUUGAUGGUUCUGACUGUGUGAUGCUGAGUGGUGAAACAGCAGCUGGAGCAUAUCCAGAGCUGGCAGUUCGGACAAUGGCAAAAAUAUGUGUAGAAGCAGAAAGCACCCUUGAUUAUGGAGAUGUCUUCAAACGAGUCAUGGAACAUUCACCUGUGCCCAUGAGCCCAUUGGAGAGUCUGGCAUCUUCUGCUGUUAGAACAGCCAAUUCAGCAAAAGCAUCUCUCAUAUUGGUCUUAACAAGGGGAGGAAGUACCGCAAAACUGGUGGCUAAAUACCGACCUGGCUUGCCAAUUUUAUCUGUGGUUGUACCUGAGAUUGAGACUGAUUCCUUUGAUUGGUCCUGCAGUGAUGAAGCUCCUGCAAGGCAUAGCCUAAUUUUUCGUGGGUUGGUGCCAGUUUUAUAUGCAGGGUCUGCUAGGGCUUCUCAUGCAGAGACAACGGAGGAAGCUUUAGAUUUUGCUAUUCAACAUGCCAAGGCAAAAGGACUAUGCAAGAAUGGAGAUUCUGUGGUGGCUUUGCACCGAGUUGGAACUGCAUCCGUAAUCAAGAUUAUAACUGUGAAGUGAUCUUAUUAGAGAACUUUUGUUCCAGUUUCUUGCUUCUCAUUGGUCAAGGAUGAGGGAAAGACGUUGCUGAUUAUGUCAGUUUUUCUGGCGCCCCCCUUUUCUUCCCCUUUUCCCUUUCAUUUUUCCUGUUUUGAAAUGAACCUCAAUUAUCAGCAAUAUCAUGUUGUUAUGGUUGCUUCGAUUUUUGAUUGUAGAACUAAUGGCCUGUGCUGGGAUGCAUCCCAGUGAGUGAGAUUGAGACUUGAGAAAUUACGUUUGUUGUGCAAGAAACUGUCAUUUCCUUGCCCUUUCAAUGUGCGAUUCCAGAAGCUGCAUUUUCAGCUGUGCAAA